AUGUCUACUACUGUGCCCGCCACUAUGGAUACCCUGCCUACCAAUGUGCCCAAACUUGACAUUAAGGGCACCAAUUGGGCGAUCUUCUCGUUGCGCUUCCAGAUCGCUGUUGAAGCAAAGGUGGCAGAGAAACAUGAAAACCUCGCAAAACACUUGCUUACCCAGCAUAUCCCCGACUCUACUGCGUUAUGUGUGCGGAACUUGUCCAACGUUGUCACAAUGUGGAAGGAGAUUGUGCGUGAAUACACCAAGAAGGGUGCAUAUGCGCAGACCGACCUCUGUACCAAAUUUUUAGAAUUGAAGUGUCCAGGCGGAGGAGACGUGCGCACGUUCCUCGAUAAACUUCGUGCUAAACGUGACAAGCUCUAUGGGAGUGAUGGACUCGUCAUCCUGUGGUCAAGGAGGCAGGGGAGGGUAACAGAGGUUCCUACCGAGGAAGAGGGUGGUGGCAACAGACCAUGCCCACCAUGCUGGAAUUACAAUGACACUGAAGAACGAUCAAACUUCAUCAGUUCUGAUGAAGAUUGGUUUUCAGAAAUAGAUGAAAACAACGUACCUUCAAUGAGUGAUUGGGAAACUGACUUAGCAAUCCCAAGCAGUGGAAGUGACACUGACUCAUCCGUCGAGCUUGCCGCUGAAGUUGGAAAUGGACAUAGCAAUGGUACCAUCGCCGAGCUAUACAACUCCGGUACGACGAGACAUAUUUCCCCGUACCGCGACCAAUUCAACACCCUGACCCCCCAUCCCACCUAA